AUCUCUUUAACCCUACUUACACCCCCACCCGUGCCGGUCUCACACAGGGAGUGUGUUCACUUCAUGAGAGUGUAUCACAGCGUGUUGGUGCGCGUGUAUGCGGACAAACGCAUGUGAUACUAUGCGUAAGAAAGUUCAGUUGGUCAUUUAAUUUGGAAACAUCGCGGAUGACAGCGGCGACCAAGGAAGGAAGAGACUAGCGACACACAGGGCAUGGCACUUUGUGGAGUCAAGAGGGGGCGAUUCCUGGGGCCCAAUGUGUACCCAGAAGCCCCAGAUGGAGGCUGGGGGUGGAUGGUGGCCAUCGCCUUCUUCGUGGUGGAGGCUUUCACCUACGGCACCAUCAAGAUCUUCGGCAUCUUCCUCCAGGACAUCAUGGAGGAGUUCGGCGAGACCAACAGUCGAGUCUCCUGGAUUAUUUCCAUCUGCAUUUUUGUCAUGACCUUCAAUGGUCCUCUUUCCUCCGUGUUGACGAGCCGCUGUGGGUUCCAGCCUGUUGUUAUGAUCGGAGGAUUACUUACCGCCACCGGUACCAUCGCAACCAGCUUUACCAGCUCCAUCAAUCAAAUAUACAUCACAUAUGGAUUGGUAGCAGGUCUGGGCUACAGUCUGACCUACCUCCCCACAGUGACCAUCCUCUCACAGUAUUUUACGCGGCGGCGGUCUCUGGUCACAGCUGUAGCUUCCACCGGAGAGUCGCUGUCUAUGUUCGCCCUCGCACCAGCCUUUUCUGCGUUGAGGGACCGUAUCGGCUGGAGACACACCAUGGUAGUGAUAGGAGCUCUGCAGAGCACCAUCAUCAUCUGUGGAGCCCUGCUUCGGCCAAUCAUCAUCAAACCCAAAGUGAGCUGUGAGACAGAAGCUGAAGGGUCGUCCCCAAAGGAGCUGGAAGCCCUCGGUUCACCGGUGAAUGUAGAGGAUAUACACCCACAGGACUCAACUACCUCAAAUGCACAGAAUACCUCCCACAAUGAGCUCCGCCGAACCUCUGUGAGCACAGGAGACUCUGGAGUCCAGUCCGUAAAGGAAAAGUACGACAGCAGCCAAGAUGAGAAGACUUUACUGCACAAAGAAGCCAAGAAAUCUGCGGAAAACGGUAAAGCAAAGACUAGUCCAUUUGAAUCUGUGGAGAAACGGAGCGAAGAUGCAGAGAAACAAAUCAUGCAAGUGGAGGAAAUUAAAUCAGGUGAUGGAAAAACGUCCACAACGAAAUCAAAGCUGAUAGAUUUCUCCAUCCUGAGAGAGUGCAGCUUCAUUCUCUACUCUAUGUUCGGACUCUUUGCCACGCUGUGUUUCUUCGUGCCCCCUUUAUAUAUCAUCGAUCUGAGCGUGAGUCGAGGCGUGGAGCGGAGUCACGCCACGUACAUGCUCUCCAUCAUGGCCGUGACAGAGAUAUUCGGGCGGUUCUCCAUCGGGUGGAUCAUGUCACGAGAAAUGUUCAGGAAAAGGAAGCUGCUCGUCCUGCUGGUGUGUGUGAUCACCAUGACCGUGGAUGUGGUGGGAUUCACUCUGGUGACGGAGUUCUACGGCCUGGCGGUCUGCUGCGCUUUCUACGGGUUCUUUAUGGGAACGGUAGCCUGCACACACAUCCCGAUGCUGGCUGAGGACGAUGUGGUGGGAAUAGAGAGGAUGUCUUCGGCUGCCGGGGUCUACGUGUUCAUACAGAGCUUUGCUGGGCUCUCUGGACCCCCACUUGGAGGUUUGCUGGUGGAUUUGACUCAGAACUACGGCUCCGCCUUCUACUCCGGUGCGGCCGGGUUGGGAAUCAGUGCCGUGUUCCUGGGUCUGGUUCCACCUGCUAAGAAAGGAUAUCUCUGUCGAAGGAAGGUCUCAAAACGCUCCGAAGACGUACAUGAACGCAAAGAGGACUCAGAAGAAAAAAGCGCAGUGAACAAUUCAGACAAAAGACCCGACCGUGCUCAGGAUUCCUCUGAAGCGACGGAGGCCACAAGAGAUGUUCAGGAGGUUAUACGUUUUGCUUAAGCUGAUAACGUUUAUUAAAGCGAUCAAGCCAUAUGAGGGUGAAAUGCAAAAAAGACAGUAGCUAGCUGACUUGAAAUUAUGAAUAGAAGAAUAGAAGAAUAGAAUAGAAGACCAAAAGUGUUUAUGAUCUGCCAACUUUUACAUUACAAUACAAAUCAAUUGUACCUAGGGCUGGGCAAUAUGAAAUAAACAUAAAUAUCACAAUAUUCUGGACCGACUACCUGGAUAUUGUAGGUUUGAGCAUUGAUGCUUCAACGAAAUAUACACAGUGAGAGUUUUUAUAUACAAUCUUCAUUAAUGUGGAUUUUUUGCAGGUGAAAGCAAAUAAUAGAAGUCUGGUUAGUUCAGUGUAUUACAACACUUUACUGUAAUGCAGCCUUUAAAACCAGUCACAGACAACACCAGUCACAACAUGAUAUAAGCCCAGCCCUAGUUGUACCAUCCCAUGUACCAAACAGUAUUUUUUAAUGAUCUAUUCUAUGCUAUUAAAUUAGCUUACGGUUUUGUAGGGGCCCCAUUAUGCUCUUUUGGGUUUCCUCUUUCCUGUUGUGUGUUAUAUAGGUUUUUUAACUCACUAUGAAACACUUGGGCUUCUUUUGGCGAGCGCUUCAACACAUUGUAUGUGAUAGGCUAAGGGGCGGGACAUCUCUAAGCGUUUGACCAAUCACAACAGAGCCGGCCAGCUAACCAAUCACAGCAGACUGGGCUCUGGUUUCAGACGAAAGACAAAAGAGGUGCUGCAGCACAGGCAAUAUGAGAAAAAUAAAGUGCUUUUUGAACAUUAAAGCAUGGAGACAUGUCACAGGAGAAACGCUGAAUACUAAUAUGAACCUGGAAAUGAGCGUAAUAUGUACUUUAAUUAAGUCUUUCUUUACAAACGACGGAUGUGAGAUAUGGCUGGAGAGUAUGGAUGGAGAGUAUGGAUGUGUUAAUGCAGUGUUAAUGGACGUUCCUCAGUUUUUUAUAUUCUUGGAGUUAAACUGAAACUUGAACUAUACUACAAUCAAUACUACAAUAAUGACCAGAAAAACUGUGACGCUGAGAAUAGUAAAUUGCAUUAAUGCUGUAACUAGGGUUAUAUAAAUUACAUUAGCUCAGUAGAUGUGAUUUUUAUUUUUAAUCAGAUUGUCAUCAAGCAGACAAUGUACUGUUUUGUGAUACGAGAUGUAUGAUUCAAAUCUAUUUUUGUAAUGAAAAUGUGUUCAAUGAAUCACAAUAAAGCAAAGAGUGAUUUUAACAAAU